GAGCCACAACGAGCCGCGGGGCCGGGAUGGACGCGGCGGGGAGGAGGAGGAGGAGAUGGAAGGGUGGCACCAGCUGUACCCCGGGCACAUCCCCACCAGCCCGCUGCAGAAGGCGCUGCUGGCCGCCGGCUCCGCGGUCAUGGCGCUCUGUGACCCCUACAGACACGACAUGGUGGCAGUCCUUGGGGAGACCACGGGCUGCCUGGCCCUGCCAAACCUGCGAGACAAGAUGAAAAACCACCCUGAAGGUUACCGCAUCCUCCAGGAACGGCCUCGCAUCCGUCUCUCCACCCUGGACAUGGCCAGGCUGCAGGGGCUGCCGGAUGGCUCACUGGGCCGGGAGUAUGUCCGGUUCUUGGAGGACAAUAAGGUUUCUCCAGACACCCGGAUGCCGCCCAAGUUUGUUGAUGAUGAAGAGCUGGCAUACGUGAUCCAGCGGUACCGGGAAGUCCAUGACCUGAUGCACACCCUCCUGGGCAUGCCAACCAACAUGCUGGGUGAGGUGGUGGUGAAGUGGUUCGAAGCCAUCCAGACAGGGCUGCCCAUGUGUGUCCUGGGAGCAGCGUUUGGCCCAGUCCGGCUCAGCACACGAAAGCUGCAGGUCCUGGCCACCGAGCUGGUUCCCUGGGUGAUUCAGAGCGGGCUCAACUCCAGCUGUGUCCUGAACAUCUACUACGAGCAGCGCUGGGAGCAGCCAGUGGAGUCCCUGCGGGAGGAGCUCGGCAUCUUCCCACCCCCGGCCGUGCCAGUGUGAGAGCUCAUGUCGGGAAGGGCCCAGGGGAUCCCUGUUGGCAGCCAGCAGCCGGCCCCAGCCGCGCUCCACAUCCUCCUG